AUGUUGCAGAUUGAACAAACCAACUUACUUAUUCAGACAACGUUGACUGACAAGAUAUUUCCCGAAAAGGAUGCAAAGGGGUACAAGUCUAUAGAUCGUAUUAUUUCUGACUUUGACUUCACCACAUAUCACAUUUCCACACUUGGUGAAGAGAAACACUUACUUUUGAUCAGUAUAUACUUGAAGUGUUGGGAUGACUUGGAAAGCUACGGGGUAGUAAAGUACCUACAGGACAAGUAUGUGCAGUUUGAAGAGGCAUUGACCAUUUUGCCAUCUGGGGACGUCGAGAACAAUUACAAUUACUCUUUUGUGUUGGACUUGGCCAAAUUAGAGGGCCAACUGGACGAAUACAAGCAGUCCGUUAUUGAUCUGCUUGCAUUAUUGAAAAGAAACUGUAUGGCUGCUCCAUUGGAAAAGGCCUUUGCAAGAUACGAUGAAUUGGCCCAGCAGUAUGCCAACAGUAAUACAUACGCUGAAGAAAUCCAAGCUGAGCUACAAAGUGAAAAGGUGCUUGUCAUUAACUAUAGAGGGAUUGACGAAAGUAUUUAUAUCAAGCCUUCUUUUGAUAGAGUCACUGUCAUUUUCCUGACCAUAUUCCAGGACGAGACUGAUAAGAUUUUCGGGAAGGUGUUUCUACAAGAGUUUGUAGAUGCUAGAAAGAGAUCGGUGCAAACUGCACCUCAAGUCUUGUACUCUCACAAGGAACCACCUUUGGACAUUGCCCAUGUUGUCAAGAGCAAUAAUAAUACUGACGCUGACAACAAAGGGUACAUUACCUUUGUUCUCUUCCCUAGACAUUUAGUACGUGGUGACAAGAGAGAAAACUGUAUCACACACAUCCAGGUUUUCAGAAACUACUUCCAUUAUCAUAUCAAAUGUUCCAAGGCAUAUAUGCAUUCGAGAAUGAGAUUCAGAGUCAAGGAAUUCUUGAAGAUAUUGAAUAGAGCCAAGCCAGAGAACAUUGACAAUGAUGGUAGUAGGAUCGAGAACAGAAAAACUGCAAGUGGAAGAAGAUUUGCACAAUAA